AUGCCAGACAAGAGUUGUCGUCGUGCAGACAGGCCGCGGGAAGCAGUGGCCGAAGCCGAACGAGUCGAGAACCUAUUGGCUGAAGCUUCUAGGGAUCGACUUAUUCACCCGUCUCAGGUGUCUCAACCGGUGACCGAACCAAUGGAACAAAGGCCUCAGGACAACAUGGCGAACGGUAUUUUCUGCUAUAACUGUGGCGGUCGAGGACACACUAUUCCUGAAUGCCCGUCAAGGAGGCGACAACGUCAGCAAACAGAAACAACACCUUUACAACCUGGAACCGAAACGUAUGUGCCGUGCUAUACUUCUUCGAGUCCCACGGUGCCGGUCAUGCUGGUGACGCAAUCCGAGGACCUACUCCAGCGCUCGCUACUGAUUUCUCCUACUGUAUUCACCGCAGACAAUGCCUCCUACUUCAAAGGAGAGCUCAUAUCCGAGAUUGGACGGUUGCUACGCAUUGGACGAUAUUUCACUACCCCGUAUCACCACGAAGGCAAUGGAGCUUAUAAGCUUGGCGAAAAGCCCCUUGCGUUCAUAUGUCUUCGCUAA